AUGUUCUUGACCGUGAUUGUUCCUGGGCCAAGUAAUCCAAAGCACAACAUUGACUUAUAUCUUCAACCUCUAAUACGAGAGUUGAAUAUGUUGUGGGAGGAGGGUAUUUGUACAUAUGAUGUGUCAGGAAAGGAGAAUUUUCAACUACGAGCAGCUUUAAUGUGGACGAUCAAUGACUUUCCGGCUUAUUCGAUGUUGUCCGGGUGGAGUACUGCGGGCCGAUAUGCUUGCCCUUACUGCAUGGAUGAUUCCCAAGCUUUCUACCUUACGCAUAACAAGAAGGUGUGUUGGUUUGACUGUCAUAGAAGGUUUUUGGAUAAAAGUCAUCCGUAUAGGAGAAAUAGAACAAAUUUCAGAGCAGGCAUUGUUGAGAAGAGAGACCCACCUUUCAUUCGGACAGGAUUUGAAUUGCUUGAUGAAUUGGACCAGUUUGGUUUUUUGAAAGUCAAUGAAGAAGAUGCACCGGAGCAUAAUAAAGAGGUUAGUAUAUACUCUGCUGGAUGGAAGAAGAGGAGCAUAUUCUGGGAUUUGCCAUAUUGGAAAACUAACACGAUUCGCCAUAAUUUAGAUGUUAUGCACAUAGAAAAAAAAUGUACGUCUAUUCCUAAAGCUUCCUAUACAUUAAAUGAACAACAAAUACGUGCCUUGCUUCAAUGGUUGAAGAGUAUUAGAUUUCCCGAUGGUUAUGUCUCCAAUAUGGCAAGGAAUAUUGACAUGGCCAAGCAUCAAUUGUUUGGCAUGAAAAGUCACGAUUGUCAUGUUUUCAUGCAACGUUUAAUUCCAAUUGCAUUCAGAGAAUUGUUACCGGUGAAGGUUUGGGAAGCGCUUACGAAGUUGAGCUUAUAUUUUAGAAGUUUGACUACCACAAAGCUAUGUGUGGAGGAUUUGAGGAAAAUGGAAGCAGAUAUUCCGGUUAUCAUCUGCAAACUAGAGACUAUCUUUCCGCCCACAUUCUUUGAUAGCAUGGAACACCUUCCGAUCCAUUUGGCAUAUGAGGCUAGAAUUGCUGGACCGGUCCAAUACAGAUGGAUGUAUCCAUUUGAGAGGUACCUUAGACAUUUGAAACUGAAUGUCAGAAAUAAAGCUCAUGUUGAAGCGUCGAUAUGCAACGCAUAUUUAACCGAGGAAGCAUCGCAUUUUGUUUCCCAUUAUUUUGAGCCACAUGUGCGAUGCAGGGUCAGAGACCUUCCUAGGAACGACGAUGGAAGUUACAACAAUAUUGUAACUGGUGUAUUCACAAUCUUCAGUCAUCCAAUAAGAUUUCAUGGAAAAGGAGUAGCAUAUAUUUUGGAUGAAAGAGAUUACGAGAUUGCACAUAGAUACGUGCUCAUGAAUUGUCCAGAGGUGGAUGUAUUUAUAUCUGAGUUUAAAAGUUCAAUUCAAAGACAUCAACUGAAUUGGUCAAGUCAGAGGAUUGAAGCGUUUGUUCAAGAGAAUUUCGCUAAUGCCUUCAGAACUGCAGCAAGACAAGGAUCAUUCGAUAACCGAGUGAACAGUGACAUUUUGAAGCAGAUUGCUGAAGGACCACUAAAAUAUGCUCGGAGUUACAAUGUCUGUUACACAAACGGAUACAGAUUCCAUAUCGUACGUCAUGCAUCAAAUAAAUUAGCAGACAAUAGUGAAGUGUGCGUCAAAGCUGGUGACAACAGUCGUGACGAAGAAGAUUUUUACGGGCAAUUGCUUGAAAUCGUAGAGGUUGAGUACCCGGGGAUACCAAUCAAAAGAGUAACGUUGUUCAAAUGUCAUUGGUAUGACCCAACUACUACUGGAAAUAGCCGCGGAACAAAUAUUCAUAAACGAUAUAAGUUAGUUGACAUACAUCAAGGUCGCUCGUAUUGUUUAUAUGAUCUGUUUGUGUUGGUGCAUGAUAAUGAUGAAGAUACUGAAGAAAAUGUGGAUCUUGUAUUGUCAGAAGACGAACAAUCCGAAGAUGAAGAUGUUGAAAACGACGACUAUUUUAGUGAUGAAGAUUAA